AUGUGCAGCAGACCCCUCAGUUGUGAGAUCUUAGGCAAUGUCAUCUUGAAGAACUGUCAUCGUUCUAAGCACGAAUUUAAACCAUGCUUCUGUCUUCCUCUUCUGCAUAGUGAGGAAGAAGAUGACGAUCUCCAAUAUGCAGAUCAUGACUAUGAAGUACCACAGCAAAAAGGACUUAAGAAGAUAUGCAACCGGGUGAAAUGGACACGAGAUGAGGAUGAAAAGCUGAAGAAGCUGGUAGAGCAAAAUGGUACAGAUGAUUGGACUUUCAUCGCUAGUCAUCUACAAAAUCGUUCAGAUUUUCAGUGCCAGCAUCGAUGGCAGAAGGUGCUAAACCCCGAACUCAUUAAAGGUCCGUGGACUAAAGAAGAAGAUCAGAGGGUUAUUGAGUUAGUUCAGAAGUACGGUCCAAAGCGCUGGUCUUUAAUUGCCAAACACCUGAAGGGAAGAAUAGGCAAGCAGUGCAGAGAGAGGUGGCAUAACCAUCUUAACCCUGAGGUAAAGAAGUCUUCGUGGACGGAAGAAGAGGACAGGAUAAUCUAUGAAGCUCACAAGCGUCUGGGAAACCGAUGGGCUGAAAUUGCAAAACUUCUUCCUGGAAGGACAGAUAAUUCCAUUAAAAAUCACUGGAACUCAACAAUGAGAAGAAAGGUGGAACAGGAAGGAUAUCUGCAAGAUGGUAUAAAAUCCGAAAGAGCUAGUUCAUCCAAAUUUCAGCACAAACCUUGUGCAACUAUGGAACAUGUGCAAACCCAGAGUCAGUUUUACAUACCCGUUCAGACACAUAUUCCAACAUACCAGUAUGCAUCAGCCGAAGCGAGCUGUCUAGAACAUGCUUCAGCCUCUUCCAACUUAAUUCAGCAAUCUUUUAUUGAUGAUGAUCCUGAUAAAGAAAAGAAAAUAAAGGAACUUGAAUUGUUACUUAUGUCUGCAGAGAAUGAAAUCAGAAGAAAACGAGUAUCAUCUCAAGCUGGAAAUCUGCCUAGCUGGUCUGGAGGCUUUGUCAUGGAAGACGGUGUGUCGAAUACCCUAAAUAGCUUUGGGGACCAAACGAGUGAAUACUACAGCAUAGAUGAGACCCAGAGCGCCUCYGUUCAGCAGAAUUCACCUACCAAGUAUUUGGCUGUGGAAGCAAAUGCGGUUUUAUCAUCUCUACAAACCAUUCCAGAAUUUGCAGAGACACUAGAGCUUAUUGAAUCUGAUCCUGUAGCUUGGAGUGAUGUCACCAGUUUUGACCUUUCAGAAGCUGUUGCAUCUCCUGUCAAGCCAGCUCCAGUAAAACUAAUGCGAAUUCAGCACAACGAAAGGGCUACCGAGUGCCAGUUCAGUGUUGUGCUUGAUGGCAAGAAGCCAAGCGGAAUCAGCAGUGAGGAAGAAGCAGUGUUUUCAGCAACCCCAAACCUAACCAAAUUCAGCACUCCACCUACCAUCCUAAGAAAGAAAAAGAGACUGCGUGUUGGGCAAUCCCCAAUUAAUGAACUGAAUGAUGGUUUGUGUAAUGAAGCCAUCAACGUUGCACUAAAGCACACGCCAGUGAAAACACUACCAUUUUCUCCGUCACAGUUUUUCAACACUUGCUCUGGAAAUGAACAAUUUAACCUUGAAAAUCCUGCAUUUACAUCAACUCCAAUCUGUGGGCAGAAGGUUCUAAUUACAACUCCUCUACACAAGGAAAUGACACCAAAAGAUCAAAAGGAAAAUGCUGGUUUUAGAACCCCUACAAUUAGAAGAUCUCUGCUGGGUUCAACACCAAGGACGCCGACUCCUUUUAAAAACGCUCUGGCUGCUCAGGAAAAAAAGUAUGGCCCUCUCAAACUAAUGUCACAACCACUUGCCUUCCUGGAGGAAGAUAUUAGGGAAGUUUUGAAAGAGGAAACUGGAACAGACAUAUUUUUCAAGGAGGAAGAUGACCCUAUCUAUAAAAGCUGCAAGCAAGAGCACAAUUCUGCUAAGAAAGUCAGAAAAUCACUGGUCCUAGAUCCAUGGGAGAAAGAGGAGYUUGGUGCCCAGCUCUUCACUGAGGAUAAUAAUAGUUUGGAUGUACAGUCAGAAAAUGUAUAUGCCACAUCUUUAUUAAUGAUACCAUUGCUGGAGAUUCAUGACAACAGAUGUAACCUGACAUCAGAAAAACAGGAUACAAACUCAGCAAACAAAGCAAAUGCAGUAAUGAAGAAGAAAUUGAAUACAUGUGCUUCAAGACAUGCUAGAAUGGAGAGAUCUCUUCAGUCAAAUUGCGAAUGGGAAGCAGUUGUUUAUGGAAAAACAGAAGACCAGCUCAUCAUGACUGAACAAGCAAGAAGAUACCUGAGCACUUACACAGCUACCAACAGCACUUCCAGGGCUCUGAUACUGUGAUGAUCACUGCAGCUGACAACCAUCUCUUUCCAUAAGUGACAGAGCUUGAGAGAGACUCCAGCAAAACACUUGUAAACUAAGCCUUUAUUUUGAGAUAUUUCCCUUCUAAGGGAAACCUUCAUGCUUGUUUUCUUUUCUGACAGACAAAGAGCAGACACAGCUUUUGCCUUCUUUGAGGGGAUAAUACAAACAAUUCUGCAAUGAAUUGCUUAAAUGAUAAAAAAAA